AUGCGCGUGCUCCCCGACGACGUUUUGCUGUUAAUCGGGGAUUUCCUGAAAGGUCAUCAGGACCGCUACAACCUGGUGUUUGUCUGCCGUCGCUUCCAUAACUUGUUCUUGCAACUGGCUUAUCGGGCAGCAUCAUUGAAAUCCUGCCAGCACCUUCAAUCUUUUAUCUGCUCCAACCUACAACGUCCCGAGCUGGCUCGGGCCGUACGCGUUCUGCAUUUUGACUGCUGGCAGGACAAGCCGGCUACAGGCCAUGUAGAUAUUGCUGAUGAGAAACGCCCGCUAUUGACUAACUGGGUCCGGACCAUCAGUCAAUCAGACGAAGAGCGCGCUCAAUGGGAGCAGGAUCUCCAGCACGGCGUGUCGGAGGCAUGGAUUGCGCUGCUGCUGCCGCUCAUCAGCAACCUCCGCCGCCUUCGUCUAAUAUAUCCCAAGAACAACGCCUAUCUCGACCGCACUUUGUACCGCGCCGUCAACGGGGAACGUCCGACCUUCCGAUCGCUACAAGAAGUGUCGUUGAGUCAUCUGGAGGACGACGCUGAUGACACCAAAGGCAACUUUCUGCCGUCACAGAUUCUGUCCUUUUUCCAACUGCCGCUAAUGCGCACCCUCUCCGCUGAUGUGGUGUUGGAAUCCGAUUCAGCUCUGGAAGCCCGGGGGUUACCUCCGAGCAGCCCGCUCACCGACUCGCCCUCGUCCAUUUCGGAGAUAACGCUGAACGCCAGCAACGGCUCGAAGGGCAUGGAGGGCCUAAUCGCCUCCUGCUCGUCGCUCAAGACAUUCAAAUACCAACACUCGGAUUCCCACCUCCACGCCGAGGGUUACCAACCGUCCGCCUUCUACCACUCCCUAGCCGGCAGCAAGAACACGCUGGAGACGCUCUGGCUCGACACCUGCGGCCACCACCUGCCCUUCACCAUCGCGGGCGCCAACGAGACUCACGACGAAUGGUUCGGGUCCCUGGCCGAUUUUGUCGCGUUGAAAGACAUGCGAAUUCGCCUCCCGAACCUCCUCGAUGUUCGCUACCAGUUCGAACCAUCGACUUCGCUCUCGGAUAUCCUUCCCCGCUCGCUCGAAUCGCUCUAUAUCGAAGGCUGCAAGGAGAACACACUGCUGAUGCUGUUAAAUCAGGUGCGGAUGGUGCUUGGCCAGCGCACCUCGCGCUUCCCGGCACUCCGGCGAGUAGAUAUUGAGGGUUUCUUCCACGACGGGGAAGACUACGAAGGCUCGGGAUAUGAUGGUAGUAGCAGCACGACUGAGAAGUUCAUCAAGCCGCGGGUCUACGAAUUGGCGAAGCCAGUACGAAAUAGCUGUGCUGAGGUUGGAAUCGACCUGUUUCUUCGGGAUAGAGUGUGUCUGGAGACCAUGAAAGGAUCUCCUGUUUAA